AUGGCUGACCGCUUCGUCGGUUGUCAUAGUCGUUUGUUUCUAUUACUAUUAUUACUUACCAAUCUUUGUGUUGCUGUACAAGAGCAACAACAGCAGUCCACCUUUGAAGGGAAUACCAUAUUAAAGGGUGAUGGAGGACAGGCGUAUGAUUGGGAUUUGGUUAUAGUAAUACCAAGCCAUAUUACGGAGUUCUCGAGGAGGUGUGCUGUUAGAGAUGGAUGGGCUCGGCAAUUGAGAGGACAUGAGCAGAAUAACCGUGCUGGUCUACGAAGCAUUAAAUUACUAUUUACCGUUGGUGCACAUUAUCCAGAUAACUCCACUAGGGAUACAGCUAUGGCCGAGAUGAAGCAAUUCGGCGACAUCAUACAACUCCCCGAGUGGUUCGAGGACCGUUACGAUGCCCUCGGAACUAAAGUUAGACUGUCCUUCCAAAGGGCUGUGGAUCUCUUCGGCAGGUUCCGUUUGCUCCUGAAGGCCGAUACGGAUAGCUACGUCCAUGUGGAUAGACUCUUAGACUUCUUGGAUCAGCAUGACAUGUGGAAUAAGGAGAGGGUCUAUGCAGGGUCCUUUCGACAUGCACCAGUCAUGUGGGAACCUCAGAAUAAGGAUCAUAAAUGGUUCGAUGGUGAGUUCACCAAGAUGACGGGCCUUACUCAGUAUCCAUGGAAUGCCCAAGGAGGUGGUUAUGUUAUAUCAUAUGACCUCGCUAAAUACCUAGCCCAUCCGCCCUUGCAGCUAAAGUCAUGGACCCAUGAAGAUGUCGGAGUUGGAGCAUGGCUUAUGGCGUUGGACCAUGAACGAAUCGACAUGCCUGUCAACUUCGCCGAGCCGGAGUGCGGCUGUGGAGCUGAGUGUUGGUCUGGGUCCAGCAUAACGGAGCCCGUGAUCGACCAUUACGUACCAGAAUAUCUUCAACGUUGGCGAGAACGACGAUACGAAUUAUUCGGUGAUUCUUGUUGGACUCCUGAGAAGAAUGAUGCUGUGCUGCCGUCAGACGUGUUGCUGGGUGAUAGACGAGCUUAUCCUCCCACUGUGAUGGGGGUACUCAACCAUCGGUACCAUUUCAGCCCGUUGAUGGCGUUCGGGGAGGAGGCUCUCCUGGAUGACCACUCGGAUACUCGAUCGGGUGUGUGCGCUAUUGACUUUGCCUGGGGGCCUCCCACCGCCGAUGAUAACGUUACGGCGAGUCACUUCCUCAGUAGAGGUAGCGUCCCUUUUAUGGGACGAGAUGAGUCCGAUAUGAUGGUAUGUCGUGGUAGCGAUGGAUGUCUUUAUGACCAACUAGAGUGUGCUCCUCAUCGAACUGUUAGUGAUGAUGAUGAGGAAUGGAUUCGGGUGGAUGUGAACUCCUCCUCUACUACUCGCCACGUCCCUUGGUUGGUACGGACAGGACUUACACUGUCCCAAUGCAAAGAGUUGGGGAGAUACCCGCAGACUGGGAGGAGGAGCGUCGGCGUAACAGCAGCAGCAGUGAUAGGUUGGACUCCUGAUGGUGACGAAGGUGCUCGAGGAGUGUGUCGGGUGUAUAGUGGGGAGACAACGACGACACAAGAAGGACUUGCCGCCAGCAGAGACGAAGGGACGGAGAUCUUCUUCCGUCGUGAUGAGCGUCACCAACGACUACCUGUGGAGUCGUCUAUAGCAGCAGUCCAAAUUCGACGAAAUGCCGGUAGCAUAAUACCGAGCCAUAUUACGGAGUUCUCGAGGAGGUGUGCUGUUAGAGAUGGAUGGGCUCGGCAAUUGAGGGGACAUGAGCAGAAUAACCAUGUUGGUCUACGAAGCAUUAAAUUACUAUUCACUGUUGGUGCACAUUAUCCAGAUAACUCCACUAGGGAUACAGCUAUGGCCGAGAUGAAGCAAUUCGAUGAUAUCAUCACCCUACCGUCCGACUUUGUUGAUCGCUACGAUGCUCUCGGCACCAAGGUUCGCUUAUCGUUCAGAGAGGCGGUGGAUCGGUUAGGCCGGUUCCGUCUUGUACUGAAGGCGGAUACGGACAGCUACGUACAUGUUGAGAAGUUAUUGGAUUUCUUUGAUAAGGAGAAUAUGUGGAAUGGUGAUCCAGUGUAUGCAGGGUCCUUUCGGCAUGCACCAGUGAUGUGGGAACCUGAGGAUAAGGACCAUAAAUGGUUCGAUGGUGAGUUCACCAAGAUGACGGGCCUUACUCAGUAUCCAUGGAAUGCCCAAGGAGGUGGUUAUGUUAUAUCGUAUGACCUCGCUAAAUACUUAGCCCAUCCACCCUUACAGCUAAAGUCAUGGACACAUGAAGAUGUCGGAGUCGGAGCAUGGCUUAUGGCGUUGGAUUACCGCCGAAUCGACAUGCCUGUGGGGUUUGCAGCUCCCGAGUGUGGCUGUGCAUUAGACUGCGUUGACACCAUCAACGAUCUGGGUGGCCGUGAUUUAGUAAUUGACCAUUACGUCCCACCGUUCCUUCAUCGGGUACGCCAGAGAAGGAUGGAGUUGUUUGGCGACGAUUGUUGGGUUUCCUCUCUUUCGAAUACGAUAUCUCCUCUGGCAGAGAAAGUGAUCCCAGUCAACAACAUGUGUUAUUCUCCUAUGUGGUUGGGUGGGGAGGACCUUCAGAAUGAGUAUGCGUUAACGCCACUACAAUGGGCCCCGGAGUUCUCCAACCAUAUAUUACGAACCUAUGAUUUACUUCCCGACCAUAGCGACACACGUUCUGGCGUUUGCGGCAUUCAAUUCGACUGGAGGCCGUCUUCAUCAUUGGAGGAGAAUAGGUGCAUGGUGUGUCGGGGUAGUGAUGGAUACGACUAUGACGAAUUUGAAUGCGGCGACCCGAAGUCGGUCGUCCCCGCUGCCGUUGACAGUUUGAGUGAAGAAGUAGACUCUUCUAUGUUGCCGUCUAUUUUCUUCCUACCAAUGCGACAGUGGGUAGCCUUGGAAGGCACUACUGACUGUGUGAGCUCACCAGCUUUCAAGAGGGAACGUGUCACACUGGCUCAGUGUAAGUAUCUGGCUUGGUCGGGCCACUAUUCUAUAUUCAAGUGGCUUGAACACGAGCCGGAGCUAGCGGGCUCUUGUUAUGUAUAUAACCAACACGAUUGCCAUCGGGAGGUGGUUGGAGGGGACGCUAGGCUUUGGUUCCUGCCAACGGAGUUGGAGCCAUCCCCGACACCGAUUGAAAGUUCACGGAGGAGCGGUAUGAUUGGAAUCACACGGCUGAGGUCCCCGGAGGUGUUGUCGAUGCCGUGGUUGCUCUUCAUGGACCUAUUCCGUAUCUUUGUUAUGGGCAUUAUCGUCUUUAUUGUAGCAAAGAUAUUCUUCGCUGUGCGCAAUCGUGGAAGUGGUAGGAGUAGUAGUGCUCCUCGUGGAAGGAGUCGGACGGAAUCCUUCACCCAAGGUCGACCGGGGUCGAUAAGAUUUACCUUGAGAAAAUUUGUUUGCAAGCUGUUCCGAGAUUAUCAUCCAGUGAACUCGGGUUUCGCCGUCUAAUACUGUUUCUAUUUCCUCUUCUUUGUACAUUCCUAUUACUACUACUUCGUUCUUACCAUUUAUACCAACUUUCGGUG